GGAGAGUGCGUGUUUUUUUUUUCAUCAAAGUUUUCUCAAAAUAUACUGUUCGUGGAAUGUUUCUUUACCAUUCGAAACUUUAAGCCUAGAGCGCACAACAGAGUAUUAUUACGCAACAAUGCGAUCUUACUUACUACUGGUAGAAAACAAACUGAUUUAUUAUUUCUCAAGCCACACCGCCUGCAUAGGAGUAUUUUUCGAAUUAUGGCGCAGAAGUUUCGGAAAACAAUUCUGUAUGUCAAUCGUGGAUGCACGAAGCCUGAACCAAAAAAGGUUGAUGACGAUACAUCGAGUGGAAGUUACUCAGAAACGGUUAUCGACGAAUCAAAGCAGCAGGAUGCAGAUAGAAAGGAAGGGGAGAGAAGAAUGAGUUACUGGGAUCGUUUCAUGGCAGAAUCCAAUGAUAAGUUUGCUAACUUCCCUCAGAUAAGACGAGAAACGAAAGAAGAAGAGAUCAGAGCAGUUGUUGCGACAGAACAAAAUGUCGGGUUUCAGAGUUCUCCCCGGGAUAUAACCACAAAUAUGCAGUCAAACUGUAACGGUCCAGCAAAAAUCCCAGAAAUUAGUGAAUCGUCGAGUGAAAAUGCUGCCUAUUACUUAAGAGGAAUUCCUCGUCUUUCUACGCGACACAACAAAAACAAAAAAUUUAGCGUGCUCGCCGACAGUCACGAACAGUCAUGCCAAACAGAUAAUGAGUCUAACACGAAGAAAAACUCAACAAAUUUUGCUUGCAAACUCAGAGAGCGUCACAAGAACGUUAAUCUUCUAGGCCAGGUUAGGCCUAUACCCGUGAAAUAUUUACCGACGGAACAAAAUGCUAAAAGUAAUUUAAGACGCACAGAAAAGGAUAUAAUACAAAUUGGAGAGGUGCGAGAAGAGAAAAGACCAAUAUUUAAUAAAAAUAUUAUCUCGAGUUUAAAUAAAAAAACCUCGAGUACUUCAAGCAGCUCCAGUCAGACAGGGGAUUCUGAAUCCAACUUCCGAGUAGUAUUUCGUUCCACAACACCGGAUAUGCCACGUCGAGUUAAUGAGUGCUAUGAUAUAGAUCCUGAACAAUCAACCAGAACAGUAAAAGUUGGUAGAGGUCGACGAGUUACAUUUCCUUCUACUCCGGUUUAUCCACCAGAGUGCCGCGAAAAGGAUAUGAAUCAACGGCCCGUAAUAAAAACAGCAGGUUCUGUUUUGAACUUUUUACGAGGGUUUCCAGCGGUGAGAAUACCUAAUCAAGUACCACGUGUUUAUAAAGUUGCAAAUAAUUCGAAGGAUUGUGAGAAUCCACCAAGAAUUCAGCUAGGAAGAACACGCAAUUGCAUGAGAAGAGAACCGUUUCCUACUGUAUCUCGGAGACCCCCCGAAUCAGAUACUUCUAUUGAUUCAGUCAAUCAGCCAUGCAUUGACAAUAGAUAUCGGUUAAAAAUCAAAAAUAAACAUUUCGAAGAUUCCGAAAGCAACGUGGCGUUCUCGUCAGACGAGGACCAUCCAAAUAAUGACAGGACAGCGACUUCACCUUUCUCGGUUAUUCAUAAAUACAGUCAGGAGUUAUUAACUCGGUACAUGAAUGCAAAGUCCAAGGAUUCCAAGAAACGACAGAAUAAAAUACACCCGUAUUCAUCUUCGGUACUCAGUUGUGUGUUCGAAAACCAAGGGUUUAAUAUCCUUCUGCGCAGCAUUUGUUCUGCUUGCGACAUCGUGCUUCGAGUUAUCGCAUUAUUAAUACUGUUCUAUUAUGCGCAAAAAGAUGUUUAUCAAUUUGAUGGAAACGUACCAACAUGAAUAAAAAAUUAUGUGUUUUAUUGUUCUCUAGGUUUU